AAGACUCUACCUCGUUAGUUUUGGCCAUAACAAUUAACGUGCAGGGUAAUUGUACACAUGUGAUUUUGAUUAGUGGGUUUCUCUGUGCGUCUUUUUGUCUCAAUCCCAUGUGAAGAAAUUGUGCUGUGAUUCUCGGUUUCACGUGUCUUUUUUGCUCCUGCCUCGAGUGGCAAUUUCGGGCUGUUGUGGGUCACUUUAUCUGGCCAAGAGCACUUGAGUGUCUCAGUGUCGGCCAGUCAGUCGUCUGAGGUGGAUUCGCGCGCGCAAGAUGACUCGCGUGACCAAAGUGAGUGACUCCAGAUUCCUCUCGGGCAUCACAGAGAUCCCAUCCCUGGUCAUUGGGAAGCAUGAGUUCGUCUUCGAGGCGGAUCUGAGCGAAAAGGCGCGCAGGACGGCGGAAAAGGAGCUGCGAGAGACGCCAGAGAGGAAGGAGGAGUCGCUGGCGGAGCUGAGACGCUUGCUGACGCAGGAGAAGGAUCUCACGUGGCCAGACAACGAUUUCUGGCUGGUGAAGUUCCUCAGGAAGUGCAAAUUCUACCCAGAAAGCGCCUUCGAAUUGAUCAAGAGAUACUACAGCAUCAAGGCGAAGCAUCCUGAGUACUUCUUCGGUCUCGAUGUCAAUUACUACUUGGACAUUGCAAACUUGAAGAUGCUGCAGCUGAUUCCGCGGCGGGAUCACAAGGGCAGGCGCGUGAUCAUUGUGCGCAUCGUGAAGGAGUUCAAUCCGGAGAUCUAUUCCGUGGAGCGUCUCUUCAGGGCGGUGGCCGUGAUGAUGGAAGUGGCGAGCAGCGAGCCAGACACUCAAGUCAACGGCGUCGUGGGCGUUCUGGACCUCAAGGAGCUCUCGCUGAGCCACCUGAGACCCCUCACGCCAUCGUUCAUCCGCUUCGGGAUGCAGUGGUGCCAGAACUGUAUUCCUCUGCGCCUCAAGGCGCUGCACGUGGUUAACGAGACGCCCAUCAUCGAUGCCACGUACGCGAUUAUUAAGAACUUUCUGGUGGACAAGUUGCGCAAUCGAGUGUACUUCCAUGGGAAGGAUUAUGAGAUGAUGCAUGAAUAUUUGGCGCCGAAUUGUCUGCUGAAGUCUUACGGUGGCACAGUUGAGCUCAUCGACAUCCCGAAGGCCGAAGACGUCCUGGCAAACUUCACAGACUUCGCCUUGCAGUGUGAGAAGGAGUUGGACAUGAUCAACUCUUUUGGCUACAGAAAGGUCGCGGAAAAUACGCAGCUUUGAUGCGCUGGGAAGCGUUUUCGCGACAUUUUCCACUGCACAAUAUUACACAUAUAAGAGCAAUUGCACCAAUUCUGCAUGGUUGGACAUUUUCGCAAAUAAAUAUUACUCUAGUGAUGUUGGGAGAAGAUUUAUUGUCACCGAAUAAA